UGGGAGUGUCGUGCUUUCAAAGAAAGGAAUAUGUAAACCGAGGAAUACAUACAUAAUACUCUUCAAUCUCUCUCCACAGAGCUCAACAAAUCUCUCUCUCGCUCGCUGUCUCUCUCUCUCUGGUAGAGCAAUGGCAGCUCUGCAAUACCUAGAAACACUCCGUAAUUCACACCCGGAGCUUUCCGAUUGGUCCAACACACUAGCAGAUCUGUAUCAGCGCAAGCUAUGGCAUCAGCUCACUCUCAAGCUCGAACAGUUCAUCUCUCACGCCUCAUUUCAGACUGGCGAUGCUCUAAUUCAGCUAUACCAUAAUUUCAUCACUGAUUUUGAGACCAAAAUCAAUCUGCUCAAACUUGCACAUUUUGCGGUAAUAGUAUCUCGGCAGUAUUCCGAGAAAGAGGCUGCGAUUAGUUAUCUCGAUGGGGUGAUUGAGAAGCUUCGGUCUACUAAAGAAUUUCGAAUUGAGGAACCUAUCCUUUACAUCAGAAUGCAGAUUGCUAUGUUCAACCUUGAGAAAGGAGAUCAAAAGGAAUGCAAGAAACUGCUAGAUGAUGGGAAAAGUACACUUGACAGCAUGACUGACAUUGAUCCAUCUGUGCAUGCCAGUUUUUAUUGGAUUUCAUCGCAGUACCAUAAAUCUCGUCAAGAAUUUGCUGAGUUCUACAAAAGUGCUCUUCUAUACCUCGCAUACACCUCUGUAGAGUCUCUGUCAGAGUCGUUCAAGCUGGAUUUGGCUUUCGAUUUGUCUCUAUCAGCAUUGCUGGGUGAAAACAUUUACAAUUUCGGUGAAUUGCUUGCACAUCCAAUUCUAAAGAGUCUCCUUGGGACCAAGGUAGAGUGGCUCUAUUACAUUCUUGAAGCAUUCAAUUCUGGUGAUUUAGUCCGCUAUCAGGAAAUGUGCCGUGUUCACAAUGCUGCCCUUAGUGCACAACCAGCAUUGGUGGAGAAUGAGAAAAAGCUUUUAGAAAAGAUCAACAUUCUCUGCUUAAUGGAAAUCAUCUUCAGUCGACCAUCAGAGGAUAGAACCAUUCCAUUGAGUAUCAUUGCAGAGCGCACAAGACUCACCGUAGAGGAGGUGGAGUACCUUCUAAUGAAAAGCCUAUCAGUUCAUCUGAUUGAGGGAAUAAUUGAUCAAGUCGAAGGGACUGUGCAUGUUUCAUGGGUGCAACCCCGAGUUUUGGGUAUUUCCCAGAUCAAAUCUUUGCGAGAUAGGCUGGACAACUGGAUGGGUAAAGUAAACACUGCUUUAUUGUCUGUUGAGGCUGAAACACCUGAUUUAGUCGCGUCAUAGGUUUUUAUGGUCCCUUAUAUCUGUUCCUUGUAACAAAUGCGUAAACUGUAGAAAUGGAUUUUAUUACUUGUCCUCAGGGAGAGAAAUGUAGCAAUUAAUUGUAACCGGGAAUAGACUUAAAUGCAACUAUGUGGUUUACAGCUUUGUUUUGUCGAAGGCCGUGUUACUGCUUUUUAUCA